UUGGACACGCCUUCUUCGCUGUGUGUGUCCGGGCAGACUCCAGCGCUAUUCAGAGCCGCUCCAAUAGCCAUCCUUACAUCACUGGUGUUGAGCCGUGACAGCCAAAUAUUCUAAUAUGGUUUGUGGCGGUUUCACCUGCUCCAAAAAUGCGCUCUGUUCUCUUAACGUGGUUUACAUGAUGGUGGGGCUGCUGCUCAUCGCAGUGGCAGCGUGGGGUAAGGGUUUCGGCUUGGUGUCCAGCAUCCACAUCAUUGGGGGGGUCAUAGCGGUGGGUGUGUUCCUGCUGCUCAUUGCAAUUGUGGGGCUCAUCGGAGCCAUUCACCACCACCAAGUCAUGCUUUUCUUUUACAUGGUCAUCCUCUUCAUCGUUUUCUUAUUUCAAUUCGGAGUUUCCUGUUCCUGCUUAGCAAUGAACCGAGGACAGCAGGAAGGGCUUCUGAAAUCAGCCUGGGGGAUCCUAGAAAACAACACUAAGACAGACCUGGAGAGCCAGCUGAACUGCUGUGGGCUGCUCAACGUCACCGACAGCACAUUUGACACGGAUUUGAGAAACUGUCCUGCUCCGUGCAAACUAAAACGAAGCUGUCCCACCUGCGGGGAAAAGAUGCUGAAUCAUGCAACGGAGGUCCUGAAAAUCCUCGGCGGCGUCGGCCUCUUCUUCAGCUUCUCAGAGAUCCUGGGGGUGUGGCUGGCCGUGCGCUACAGGAACCAGAAGGAUCCGCGAGCAAACCCGAGCGCCUUCCUAUAGUCUGGCUAACCUUGCGAAGCAGCAAACACACCUGUAGACACACUGGUACACACCUUAUGACACACAUGUAGAGGCACGCAUUCAGCCUUUCACACACACACACACACACACACACUCAAAGCCACACACCCACAAAAACAGAAUGGACGAGCGCACUCAGCACCUGACAUCACUGAAAAACAAAACACACGCCGUCACCAGAGACUGAGGAACCGCAGAGACCGGUUCGGAGCUGAAGCUGGAAGUGCCGCGUACUCGUGCAUGAAAGGGUUAUUUCUCAAACUGACAGGUGUGACCUGUUCGGCCUUGAUUUGAGUACCAGGUUUCCUGACUGCAGCUUGCUUCGUUGGUGAGACAUCUUUGCAUGUGCCCUGCCCCCCCACGCACACCAACGGCCUUUUUGUCCAUCAUCCCACAAACCAACUUCUGACAGUCCAACCAGGGACUUGUAUGCACCUUGAACUUCCUGUUGUCUUUAGUGUCGUGCCGCCACUUACCAACGGUGAUUUUGUAUCUGAACUUGUCCGGUGUGAUGACGGGGGCAGCCUCAGCGCGUGGUGUAAAGUCGUUUUGGAAAUGUGCAUCUCAAACGUAGAUCUGUCUUUUGGAUGUAGGCCUUUUAGGUCAUGUAGUUGCUUGACGGUUUCUAAUAGUGUUGAUCUGAGCCAGCCACCUUCCAGGGCGCGACAUUCACCUGCCCUGAUGCUGUAAAUACUCAUCCUUAUAAUGACGUGUUUGAAACGUGUCCCUUUCUGUUGUGGGGGGGGUUUAGCUGGAAGAAUUGCAGGGUUGAAACUCUCGGUACCAUCAUACACCUUACCUGUGUUUAUUAUGUUCUGUGUCACUCAGUGACCUUUGCUUAGUGUAGAUCCUACUGUUAGAAAAGUGUAACUGGAAAGAAAAACCAUGAAAUUGUGAUAUAACCUUCAUGAUUCUCAAUUAGAAAAAAAAUCCUCUAGAUCUGACCUUAACAUCUGUUUUUAUUUCAGCAUUUAUUGUAUCUGAAAUUAUUUACUUUUUUUUUUUGCUUGUUUUUGCUUCUGUCGCCAUCACUCGUCUAUCAGUGUUAAAAAUGCUUUGUAAAUACGCUCAUUGAAUAUGUUCGGGGUUUAUUUAAGUCGUAUGCACAUUGAAAACGUGUUUGUUUUCAUAUAAUUUUGCUCCGUGUUUGUCGUCUUCUGUUGAUGAUGAUUUGCUGAAGACCAGUCUUUUCAGAAAUGUGUUUCUUGUCCUAUAAGUUGCUUUUACCUUUUAAGAACUAACCUGAUCCGUCAGGACAAAAGUCAUUUUGUGUGAAGCUGUGAUUUUUGCCGGUGUGGAGUUCCUGCUGCUGGUUUGGCAUAAGUGCAACAUUUGACGGAUAUCAUAUCAUGUGACACCUUGCAUUGAAUUUGUGUGCACUUGUUUUUGAACUGUGUUUUUAAUUUUCCAAAUAUUAAAGUCUUAAAUUAAAAUUC